UUUUCUUCUGUUACAAAAGAUUCUCUGUUCCAUGAUAGAGACGAAACAUUUUUCAACAAUGGCUGAGAUGAUAUAUAUUUGGCUUUUCUGCUUCGAGAGGAACAAGAGGAAGAACCAUUUGCUUGACUUCUUGAGAAGAUUCAGAGUUUCUCCGUUCUCUAUAUGCUCUCCAUCGGAAAGUCAAUAUAACCGGCUCUCGGGCCCAUUGGAAAGAGCAUCAUCCUAAGCUCUCUACCAGGUUUGACCAAGCUUAUAGCCUUGGAGAACAUUUGAUUUCGAUCUUGACGCUUUAAAUUACCUCUACAAGUGUUUGCUUUCCUGUUGAACAUUCUGGGUGCAAUCGAGCGGAGAUGAUGGCUUGUUGCUUGCGAAAUAAACGGCGCAUGAAAGGUAAACUCUCAUGGAAGUCAAAGAAGAGAGAUUUGUCUCAUUCAGGAAACUGGGCACCAGAAGAUGACAAUGAUGAAGGGAAAAUCGUUUUCUUUGGAGGAAGUAACUAUACCUUUGAUUUGGAUGAUUUGUUAGCUGCAUCUGCAGAAAUUUUGGGGAAAGGCGCUCAUGUUACAACCUACAAAGUAGCUGUGGAAGACACAGCCACGGUAGUAGUGAAGAGAUUGGAGGAGGUGGUUGUUGGGAGAAGAGAGUUUGAGCAACAAAUGGAGAUCGUUGGUAGAAUCAGGCAUGAUAAUGUAGCCGAGCUUAAAGCCUACUACUAUUCCAAGAUCGAUAAGCUCGCUGUUUACAGUUAUUACAGUCAAGGAAACCUAUUUGAGAUGCUGCACGGAGAGAGCCAAGUACCUUUAGAUUGGGAGUCCCGUUUAAGAAUCGCCAUUGGUGCAGCAAGAGGGUUGGCUAUAAUCCACGAAGCAGACGACGGGAAGUUUGUCCACGGUAACAUCAAAUCCUCCAAUAUCUUCACGAACUCGAAAUGCUACGGCUGCAUCUGCGAUCUCGGCUUAACACACAUCACGAAAUCUCUCCCGCAGACUACCUUACGUUCUUCGGGUUACCACGCACCUGAGAUAACAGAUACAAGAAAGUCCACACAGUUCUCUGAUGUAUACAGCUUCGGGGUGGUGUUACUCGAGCUUCUAACAGGGAAAUCACCCGCGAGUCCGCUAUCACUAGACGAAAACAUGGACUUGGCGAGCUGGAUAAGGUCAGUGGUGUCGAAAGAGUGGACAGGAGAAGUAUUCGAUAAUGAGCUAAUGAUGCAAAUGGGUAUAGAAGAAGAGUUGGUUGAGAUGUUGCAAAUAGGUUUGGCUUGUGUUGCCUUAAAACCUCAAGAUCGACCUCAUAUAACACACAUUGUAAAAUUGAUACAAGACAUUCCAACAAACUUCAAUCUUUAAAGCAAUUCCCAGAUUUUCAAAACAUAAAAUUCGAUUUCACAUUAUAUCAUAAGCUAAAGUUAUUCAAUACAGUACCAUAGAGAAAGUAUUCAAAAACUAGCUAAUGAAAAAAGCAUAAAAGAAGAUUCGGCGAAUCUAAGAACACGCGUAAAGAUAUGAAGAAGCCAAACCAGAGGAAGACCGAUUCGAUUGAUUUAGGUUGAUGAUGAAAUUGGAUGGAUCAGACAGGGCUAAGGAGCUGGAAGAGAUGAGGUUUGGGAUCGGAGUUCAUGCCGACGAAGAUGACCAGAG